AUGUCCGGCGUUGAAUUUGCUGCUGGCUGGGUUUCGGGAGCUGCGGGGCUGAUUCUGGGCCACCCCAUCGACACAGUCAAGGUGCGUUUGCAAACGCAGGCCGGCUACCAGAACAUCCUGGACUGUGUGGUGAAGACCUACCGCCAUGAAACGUUCCGGGGCUUCUUCAAAGGGAUGAGCUUCCCGUUGCUCACCGUGGCCGCUGUCAACUCUGUCAUGUUUGGGGUGUACAGCAAUGCCCUCUUUUACCUCUCCGGCACCCCGCUUCUCGACCGCCACUCCAACCCCCCCAGCUAUCUCCAUAUCUUUAUGGCAGGUGGCAUCUCUGGCAUAGCACAGGCUUUGGUCUUGGCCCCGGUGGAUCUCGUCAAAGUCCGGCUCCAGAACCAGACCCACUUCCACGGCUCCAAAGCGGUCCAGCCGCGUUACCGGGGUCCGGUCCACUGCUCCGCCUGCAUCCUCCACGAAGAAGGCUUCCGAGGCUUGUUCCGGGGUGGAAUGGCGCUCAUCCUGCGUGACACUCCGACCCUGGCGGCCUACUUUACCACCUAUAUGGCAUUGUGCCGGGGGAUGACCACUGAAGGCCAGGAGCCAGGUCCUGUAGUGGUCCUGGUCGCCGGCGGCUUUGCGGGUACCGUCUCCUGGGCGCUGGCCACCCCGAUGGACGUGGUCAAGGCCCGCUUGCAGAUGGACGGAGUCAAGCGGGUGGAAUACCGGGGGAUCAUGGACUGCUUCCUCACCAGCUUCCGGAGGGAAGGGGCCCGGGUUUUCCUUCGGGGCCUCUCCCUCAACAGCCUCCGGGCUUUUCCCGUCAAUGCCGUGACCUUCCUGACCUAUGAGAACCUCCUCAAACUCCUCCGUUAACGUGGGGGUGUGUCUACACUGCAGAGUUAACACAGUUUAGUACCAAUUCCACUGCCAA